CACACAAACACGCAUAUUCUACCCUCCCCCCUCCUUUUUGUUCUUCCCUUUCUUUCGAUUCCUUCACCCAACCCAACCGCCGUCCCCAUCACAUUCGUCCCCACCACCCCCAUCAUUGAAAUAGAUCAACCCGGCUUUCAUACUAUCAAAAGGCAAGACGAUCCCACUAAACCUGCGUGUAGGGGGGUUGACUGCCGUGUCCCAUCAGGGACUCUGCGACUGGGCGGCCGUUCAAGCGAGCUGCGGCGCGGUGUGACAAACAAGCCGUGCGUAUCAAAGCCCACAUCGUAAUUCCCCGUACUUGCGCUGGUUGUAGGCUACGUCUGCGCCUAACAAAGUUCAACUGGAACAAGGUGUGUUGUCGAAAAGAAGAAGAGCUUGGUCAUUUCGACAACACAUUAUCUGUUGUGACACAUGCAUUAUCUUCUCGGUGUAGGAACGGUUUCGUGACACGGGACAGUGUGUGCGUAUGUUCAUUGGUUUCUCAAAUGAAAACCUGGGAACAUUCUGAACAGCUUAACAUCUGGUCCCAGGUUGACAAUUACAUUUGGAUUUAGCUAGGCUACUGUUGGCUUGUUCUUAGCCUACCGAGACAUCAACUGUGAUAAAUUCAUGAACGGAUUCGGUGUGAAUUUUCUUGUUCGAUAAUGGAGAACGGCUUGCGUGGUCAUACUGAAGGUCGGGGUUCGAAUUCGGCCACCUCACCCACCGGACUGACACCUGGAGUGAAGAUUCCGACGACGCCAGGUCUCAAAAGGCGUCUGACCAGGAGAAUUAGCUACACACCUGCACGAUACAAG